GCAGAGCGGGAGGCGGUGGCGGAGUGUGCCCUGCAGCUGCGCCGGAUCGGCGACAAGUGGGACCUGCGGCAGAAGAUCCAGAACCUCCUCGCCCAGCUCUUCUGUCCGGGGACGUGA